AUGAGUUUAUUUUUUAAUACGGACGAUGGAGCGCAUAUUGAGCGACUCAAUUCGGAACAGAAGAAACACGGGAUCUUCAUAAAUGUAAGACCUUCAAGAGCUUGGGACGAUAAUGGUAGAACACAAUCUCAACAUCAAACACCAACUUUUAUUCACCGGAGAAAUAAUCUCAACAUUUCACCUGGUGAGCUAAAACGUGAAGCUUUUACAGAAGUAAUACCAAAGAAGAAUAUAAUUUUUGAUUGCCUGAAACCGAUCUACAAUUUCUUACGUGCUUUGGCUGUUUUCCCUUUAUCACGACGAGACGAUUCCGAUGAAUUUCAAUUUCACAUUCAAUCACCAGCGAUGGUUUACUCGGCAUUCGUUUUUGUAGUAGUCACGAUUUAUUCAAGCUACAUUCUCAUGGAUCGUAUAGUUAUAGUUCGGACUCUCGAGGGUCGUUUCGAAGAGGCGGUAAUUGCAUAUCUAUUCAUCGUCAAUCUCCUGCCAAUCAUUAUAGUUCCAUUGAUGUGGUACGAGAGCCGGAAGAUAGCACAAAUAUUGAAUAGCUGGUCAAACUUUGAAACGAUUUAUUUUAAAACUGUUGGGAAAUCACUUCAAGUUGAUUUAAAAAGAAAAUCAUUAAUUAUAUCGAUUUUAUUGCCAAUAUUAGCUUCUGGUUCUGUUAUAUUGACACAUUACGUUAUAAAGACAGAAGACGUUCAAAUUGGAAAAGCUUUUUUACUUCAAGUGAUGCCAUAUUGUUAUUUAGAUACAUUAACAUACAUGAUGGGUGCUUAUUGGUAUCUCGCAUGCGAAGUGUUGACUUACACAGCGAGAAUUUUAGCGGAAGACUUUCAAAAGGUUUUCAUUAAUGCAUUAAGGCAUAUCGGGCCAGCUGCUAUGGUUGCUGACUAUCGUUCUCUUUGGCUUUCUUUGAGUAAACUCACGCGUGACACCGGAACCGCAACAUGUUACACCUUCACGUUUAUUAAUCUUUACUUGUUUUUCGUAAUAACAUUGAGUAUUUAUGGUCUGAUGGCACAAGUUUCCGAAGGCUUAGGUAUAAAGGACAUUGGACUAGCAGUCACAGCCUUUUGCAGUGUUUUGUUAUUGUUUUUCAUUUGCGACGAGGGCCAUAAUGCUUCUUUUAAUGUUAAAACGAUUUUUCAAAAGAAGAUUCUCAUGGUAGAAUUAUCCUGGAUGAACUCAGAUGCGACUACCGAAAUAAACAUGUUUCUUCGAGCGACGGAAAUGAAUCAAGCCAACAUCAAUUUAGGGGGAUUCUUCGAUGUGAACCGAAAUCUCUUUAAAUCUGUGACUUACUUGGUUGUUCUUCUUCAAUUCCAAAUCUCAAUCCCAUCAGAAGAUGCGGCUGUAAUCAAGGGAAAUAACAGCGAUUAUGUUGCUUGA